AUGGGCAUUAAUGGACCCAGUAGAUACAUUUUAUGUCAAGAGCAAGAAGAGACUGUAGAUCAUCUACUUCUCCACUACAAGUUCUCCAGUCACUAUUGGUGGCAUUUCACAAGAAAAUUGAGAAUCUUUGGCCCCUUUCCAUCAAGGUUGGAUGAGUGGUUUCUGCAAUGGCCUAAAUCAAAAGGAAAGGCUAUAUUUGUUGAUUUACUUUAUAUUUUACCAUCUCUUCUGAUUUGGGAAAUUUGGAAAGAAAGGAAUCAUAGAAUUUUCCAGGGUAAAGAGAUGAGCUUAACGUCUCUAUGUGGGAAAAUUGAGAACCAUCUGAUUGAGCUCCUAAAUGAGGUUGCUCAAUCCAAAUCAUUAAAUAAAAAUGUAUAUAUGGACUGGGAUUGGAAGAUUAAGCUGGCACUUCCAAAUCUUCUCAUUCCACCACUUUUUUGCAAGGGACCCCUGAUGGAUCAGGUCAAUCCAAGAUUGGGUGUUAAAUGGGAAGUGCCAGAGCCUGGGUGGUUUAAGGUAAACUUUGAUGGUGCUUCUGCAGGAAACCCGGGUCAAAGUGGUAUUGGGUGUAUAUUGAGGAACUCCAAUGGUAUUUGUAUAAAAGAAAUCUCUAAAAAGAUUGGAGUUGCCACUAACAACGAAGCUAAAUUCAGAGUGGCUUUAAGAGGACUGCAGCUAGGGAUGGAGCUUGGGGUGCAAAGAGUUCAUCUGGAGGGAGACUCACUAAAUGUGGUUAAUGUGGUCCAUUGUAACAACACCCCUAGUUGGCUUCUUAACUAG